UCGGCGAGGUGCAGGAGAGGGCGCCGCCUGGUCCAGCAACUUAACUGCGCGUUUCGAGCGCGUGCAGGUCCCGAGCAACCCGGCGUCUGCGAGGCUUGUUCUGUCAGUGGAUCUUACAACUGCACUCGUCUUCUCUGUGGGAUUUAUUUACGUUUUCCUUUUUUCCCCUCUUCCUCUCUUUAUUUUUAUUUUCCCUCUUUAUAUUGAAAUCACCUACCUGCCUGCUCUCCUGCCUAACAGACCACCCAAUUUCCCACCCAAAAUCAUCCCACUCCCAUCGCCCCCACCCCCUCCCCCCUAACCUCAGCUCUGAACCCCUUCAUAUUACAGCCGAACUCUCCGAGCAAAUCGUUAGGAUCCGUCUGUAACCCGCUGUACUUCAUGGGGCUCGCUUCUCUUCUGCUCGGAAAAUGUUUUUUACUUUGCAUUUGAGCUCACCGCUAUCGUUACCUGCGCACGGAUCGGAGUUUCUGGUGCAUGCCUGCAAUUUCUGCCCGCGUCGCUUGUGUUUUCGGGGGACGCCGCUGAACUGAGAUGGGUUUCUCGGCGGCAGCGCCACAGCAGCCUACACGCCCGCAGCAGUGGAGCAGGACACUAGGAGACUGGGUUUUUAUCGCGGUGGUGUCGUUCCUUGCGACUUUACCUGUACAGCAACUUCGCGCUUUCCCUUCAUCCCUGAGCGACUGUCAAACGCCUACAGGCUGGAACUGCUCUGGUUUUGAUGACCGAGACACAGAUCUGUUCCUGUGCGACACCAACACGUGCAAGUUUGAUGGGGAAUGCUUGAGAAUUGGGGACACCGUCACAUGCAUCUGCGACUUUAAGUGCAACAAUGACUACGUCCCUGUCUGCGGCUCCAACAAUGAGAACUACCAGAACGAGUGCUACCUGCGCAAGGACGCCUGCAAGCUGCAGACGGAGGUUCUGGUGGUUUCCGAGGGCUCCUGCCCUGUCGAUGCGGGGUCUGGCUCGGGGGACGACGGGGGUGAGGGUUCAGCAGAGACCAGCCAGAAGGAGACAUCCACCUGUGACAUCUGCCAAUUUGGAGCGGAGUGUGACGAGGACGCCGAGGAUGUGUGGUGUGUGUGCAACAUUGACUGCUCCCAUAUCAGCUUCAACCCUGUCUGCGCCUCAGACGGCAAGUCCUACGACAACCCCUGCCAGGUGAAGGAGGCAUCCUGUCAGAAGCAGGAGAGGAUCGAGGUCAAGUACCUGGGCCACUGCCAAGGUGACAUGGCCACAGGUGCUAAGCCUGGAGACGGGCACUACGCCAGGAAAGACUACACAGAGGAGAAGUCAGACAAGAUGGGGGAGGUGGCCAUUGGUCUCUACAUCCCCUGCCCGGAGCACUACAAGAACUACUGCGUCCACGGAGAGUGCGAGUACCCCAACAGCCUAUCACCUCCAUCCUGCAGCUGCCACUCUGGGUUCAGCGGGCCCCAGUGUGACACUAAGGAGUACAACGUCCUGUACGUGGUGCCGGGCUCGGGCAAGCUGCGCUACGUCCUCAUCGCUUCCAUCAUCGGAGCCGUGCAGGUGGCCAUCAUCUGCGUGGUGGUGCUGUGUAUCACCAGGAAAUGCCCGAGGACCAACCGGAUCAACCGCCAGAAACAGAACGCCACCCACUACAGCUCAGAGAACACAAUGCGCGCCUCCACCAGGCUGAUUUAAGGACCCAGGACAGCGUGCACGAGGGGGCGGGGCUCCGACCAGCCCCACCCAUCCCCUCCUCAUUUCGCCCCCCUCUGCCAC